AUGAAUCAGAAUGAUAAACAGCGCCAGCCAACCAAGUUCAACGAGACAGUCCGUCAGCGUGCCCUGGGUCAUUUGCGAGGUAAAAACUACCACGUAGAGGUCGAAGAAGGCAUUAACUGGACCGUCACCCCGGAAGCCUAA